AGCCAGUAACCCAUACAGUAGUUAAGGAACAAACCAAACGUGUUUUACAACCUUUAAAUGAACUGACCCUUCUGUUUCAUUUAGAGUAAGAAGUGGGGAGUUUGAGGUUUUUGUAUUCACAAAUCCUCUUUGCAACCUCUUUGUGUUAUUCCUAUUAAUCAAAUAUUUAACUAUACUUCAUUUUAGCUUCUUGCAAGCUUUAUUGGUUCUUGAUAAACAGCUCUGACACCAGAUGGAGAGGGAAUUGAUCUGUGGAGACUGUAACAUGGUGUUUCGCUCCACUGGGCUGCUUGAGAAACACAAAGCACUGUUCUGCAUUGGGAGUGAGGCAGGGCACCUUCGCGUGCAAAGACACAGCUCUGAGCUUCUUGUGAGAGACAGACCUAGAUGUGUGGACCCUAAACAGACGAGAACCCCUGACCUUGUUCAGCUGAGGGGUCAACGAAGGAACGUUACCAGGUGGACGAGCAUUGAUGCCAAAUCAAAGUCAGCAAGAGCGGAGGACAAACCAGCAACCAGUCAGACAGACAGCGCCGCUCUGCAAAAUCUCACAGAUGAGUUUCACAAGUUGAGGGUGUCCAUUGAAGAAAAUCUGCCAAACUGGUCAAAAAGGACCACAGAUACUGAGGUGGGCUCCAUGUUUCUUCUGUCAGCCUUUCGAUUGUUCUUGGCGAGUGGGCGUCAGCUGGGUCACAGCGAGAGACUGAAGGAGAUGAGGGAAAUGGCGACGCUCCAUGAGCGCCAACUGGCCCUAAUACAUGCUCACAACCAGCAGCUGGAACAGCAGAGAGACGAGCUGGCCCAUCAGGUAAGUGUGCUGUCUGAACAGAGCAACACAAGUCAUCUGGAGGGUCUGCUGAUGGAGCUCAGAGAGCAGGAGGAGAGAAACGAGGAGACGCUGCAGCAACUGGCUGAACAUCUCCAUCUAUUACAUGUGCGAGAGGUCUCUGUACCUGCUAAACAGCCAGAUCCACACAAGAAUAAAAAGAUGCAUCGUGACAGCUACGAGCUCAUUUCUUGUGCAGAUGGUCCUCUCUCUACCCAGAUAAAAGCUCUGCGGCAGGCAUACAUGCAGUCAGGUGGGUCAGAUCCAGCGAUUGUGGCACGAAUGAUCGACCUGCAGGCAGAAGCCCAAAGUCUGGAGAAGAACCAACCAGCGGCAGCCGGCAAGAAGGUGAAGCCUCCUCAGCGGGGUCCGAGCUGGGAGCUGCUGGCUGUGGAGCAUGAGAACCAGAGACUGGAGGAGGAGAUCCUCAGGCUCCAGCUGGCCAGGGAGGGACACCAUAACUAUGAAGCAGUGAGGACCGAGCUUGAGCUGAUUCAGAGGGAAAACCUCCUGCAGAUUGCCAGUUUGCAGGCACAGUUGGAGAGAAACAAAGAAGCUCCCAGGCCCAGGAGACAGCCUCCUCCUCCGCCUCCUCCUCCUCAUCAUCUACUCCCACUCCAGCCCAAGACUCACAUUCAUGCACCUCUUUCACUGCUCCAGGCCAGAUCAUUCUCCUCUCCACUGGGAAGAUGCAUGUUGGACUCCCUGGACUCUCUGGGUCCGGCCCCCUACGAUCCUGCAGCUGGGUUUGUGGUUUUCUAUGAUCUGGUUCUGGGGGUUGAUGUCUCUCAGAGGGCGCUGCGCCUGGUUGCAGCUCUCUACUCAGAAGGUCAGGAGGUGGGAUCACCGACUCCACUGCCCCCUGUGGAGUGCCUGUCAGGAGUAUCCCUGCCUUACACCCACAGCCUCACCCCUAGAAACUAUGCCCUCCUGUCAGUCAAACAGCCUGUACCCAGCAUCCAGCCGUCACCCUCCCUCUCUUUAGUGGUGGAGGUGCAGACAGCGAGAGACCUGGAUGUUCACAGCCAGGAGGUCUUCAAACUGACGUCCUCUGGAUGGACACGAAUCCAACUCUUUGACCAAUUCAACCAGCUCCAUAGUGGCCACUGGAGGGUGCCAGUGCGCAGUCUGCCUAUUAGACCCUCAUUAAGCCUUACCCAGCUCAACUCAGUACCCCAGGUGGGCAGCAUGGAGCUGUGUGUGCGUUUGAUCAACGGACGAGAUGGAGAAGUACAGACUCUGGCAAAGCCUGACCCGACCAGCACCAGUCACUAUAAAUAUCCAACUGUGGCGUCUUCACAUCCUGUGACUGUCCACGGAAAUGCAGCUUUGCCAGUUUCAGUUGAUCCACAUCCCACGCAACUGUCCUCCCUUUUGCCCUUCACUGAUCACCAAGACCCUCCACCCACAGAGGCAGCCAGGCAGAGCUGAAAAUCUACAACCAGGAUGCAACAUCUUAAACGUUGGGCUCUUUUAAAACUGAUUGUGUGGAAGUGUAAAUGAGGACUCUCUUCUAAAGACAAUAAAAAGGCAUUACUUUCCUUUUGUUACAGUUGAAA